AUGCCUCGAUAUACGAUUCUCGUUGCUGCUCAGCUGGCGGCAGCAGCACUUGCGCAAGGCACAGGGCUCGAUGCAGCAGAUUCAAUUGGUUACUUUUCCUAUGAGAAGUCCCAGCUCACGCCAGAGGUCAUCAGCAACCUGACAUCUUACCUGGAGGCGCAAAAAGACGGCGAUGCCAGCGCUGCCAUGUUCGAUUUCGCCAACGCCAGUGACGCCUCUCUGAAGAAGCGGGACAGAGGUUGCAAGGCAUACCCUGGCAGUGCCUCAUGGCCGUCAAAAAUUGUCUGGCGGCUGUUUGAUCUCUUGCUGGGGGGUUCUCUCAUCGAGGGCAUUCCAGCUGCCGCGGUCUGCUACCAGGACUGGCCGCAGUACGAUCAGGCCAAGUGCGCUGACCUGAGUGUCACUUGGACCGACCCAGCCUGGCGCGCUGCGCAACCCACAGAGGUCGACUGGCCGGUGUUCGAGGGCAUGUCGUGCCUCCCACCAGAUCUCGGCGACUUUCUCUCCCGACCAAACUCCACGUGCGAGCUCGGCUGCAUGCCAGCCUACGUCGUGAAUGCCACAAAUGUUGCCCAGAUCCAGCUCGCGGUGAACUUUGCCCGAAACCUCAACAUCCGUCUCAACAUCAAGAACUCAGGCCACGAUUUCAAUGCAAAGAGCACGUCCGGCGGGUCUCUGUCGGUCUGGACCCUGCACCUGCAGGACAUCGAGUUCCUGGGCUCCGGUUACCAGUCUGCGUCUGGGGCCAAGGACCCGGCAUUCAAGGUCGGCGCUGGCAUCACCACGAAGCAGCUCUACGAUGCCGCCCACGAGCGGGGCUUGAUGGUAGUCGGGCCCAUUGCCCGGACCGUUGGACUUGCUGGAGGGUAUACCGCUGGGGGAGGAAACGGUCCAUUAAUUAACAAGUACGGCGUUGCAGCCGACCAGGUGCUCUCGAUGGAGGUCGUUCUGCCGGACGGGUCAUUCGUAUCAGCUGAUGCGAAGACCAACUCUGAGUUGUUCUUCGCUUUGCGUGGUGGUGGUGGAAGCACUUGGGGCAUAGUCACGAGCCUUGUUCUCCGUGCUUACGAGGACACCACUAUUUCCACUCUCAGUUAUACCUUCGGGUCUGGGGUCGAAGAAGAAACAUUCUGGGCCGGAGUUGAUGCUUUGUGGCAGCAGUUCACGACAUGGCCCGAGGCUGGUAUUUGGAGCUACUUCAGCUUUGCCUGCGAGGAUGUUGCCAACUGCACGUUCUCCAUGGCGCCCCAGGUCGCCCCAGGACUAAGCAAAUCCGAGCUCGAAGACCACAACGCAGCUUUCUUCGCGAACCUCUCGUCGCUGGGCGUUUCUGUGGAUGAUGUCUCCUACAACGAAUACUCAGGGUUCAUGGAGAUGUUCGAAGAGCAAUUCCUCGACACAACAAACACCGCCGGCUACUGGUACUUCCACAGCACAUCGCGGUUCUUCCCAGAGCGAAACUGGCAGAGCCCGGAAAAAUUCGCGGCGCAGUCGGCCGCCAUCCGCAAUACGACACAGAGCCGCGGCAGCUUCACCGGGUACAACUCCAGGCCGGGGGUCAACUCGGCUGUGUGCCAGGAUAACGCCGUUAACCCGGCGUGGCGGGAGGCGCUGGUGUUCGGCAUGGGCAACGUCGUGUACGGCUACAAUGACACAGUCGAGGAGAUGGCCGCGGCCAACAAGCAGAUGGUGGAUGCGUACGCGGUGUGGCGCGACGUGAGCGACGGUACGUACCUGAACGAGGCCGACAUCAACGAGCCUGACUGGCAGCAGUCCUUUUACGGCAACAACUACGACCGCCUUUACGACCUGAAGCAAAAGGUAGACCCGUGGGGUGUGCUUUAUGCCACUGGGGCAGUGGGCUCGGAGGACUGGUACGUGACGGACCAGAUUGAGUAUUUCCCCAUGGCGAAUGGACGCCUGUGUCCCGUUGGAUCGUGA